UCUUUCUUUGUUUAUUUUUCUCUGGGCGUAAAGCCUGCAGCGUGUAGCGUGUUGUGUGGCCAAUCCAUGGCGGCAGCAGCAGCACUCACUUACUGCUGCCACUGCAAGCCUUCCCCAUUCCUCGGCCAAUUUCCCCCUAACUUUGUAAGCGCGUUCCAAAGACCGUGGCUGCCUGCGUUUACCUGUCUUGCUUUGUUUGAUUAGUGAUUACCGUUAAACCACCGACAUGCGUACCGCUUUCAUGUUUCAUCUAUCUAUAUAUUUUAUUAACUUCAGUUGCCUCUUUUGUGUCAUUCAUGCGAAUCUUUUGUUGUUGUUGUUGUUGUUGUUGUUUCUAGCGUGGAAAUUAAUUUUUAAUUGCUGUCUGUCUGUCUGUUUGAUUGAUUGAUGCUUUCUCAGGGGAAAGGGAAAUCAUCAGUUGGACAAAGCGUCAGGAAUCCAGUCUCUGCCUCUACAAUUACUGCACUAUUUUGGGGAUCUAACAACAAAUCCCUGCAAUUGGAUUUUUCAAGAGAUUUUACUUUACCACCUUCUUCUUCCUCUUCUUCUUCAUCACCCAAUUCUCUUCUCUUUGUUUCUCUUCUUUUAUUAUUUGGUUAAGGUUAGUAUGGUACAAUUAGACCUCAUUCUAUUGCUUUUUCACCCUGUCCCUCUCAGACAACACCUCAAAAGCUCUCCAUCUCUGUUGUUUCUUCAAUUUUGGAGGUCUCACCCCAUGCCUGGGAUGCUUGUACUUUGGAUGCCUCCGGUGCUCAAAACUUUAAUCCUUUUCUUACCCAUGCCUUUCUUUCAAGUUUAGAACAGACUGGUUGCACUGUCCAGGAAACUGGAUGGAAGCCCUGCCAUAUUGUUGCUAAGGAUGAAUCUCAAAAUAUUUUAGCUGUUGUUCCACUCUAUCUUAAGAGCCACUCCUAUGGUGAAUUUGUUUUCGAUCAUUCCUGGGCUGAUGCCUACUACAGUCUUGGAUCAAGAUACUAUCCAAAACUUCAAUGCUGUGUGCCUUUCACUCCUGUUACUGGUCCAAGGAUCUUGAUCCGCAAUACUUGUUUUAAAGAUCAAGUCUUUGACAUUAUGGUCUCUGCUCUCAAGGAUCUGGCAGCCAAGUCUCAGGUUUCUUCUUUGCACAUUACCUUCCCAUCUGAAAAUGAAUGGCACAAACUCAAGGACAAAGGAUUCCUACAAAGGAUUGGAAUGCAGUACCACUGGAAAAAUCGAAACUAUAAAAAUUUUGAUGAGUUCUUGAUGGAUAUGAGGCAUGGUAAAAGAAAAAAGAUUCGCCAAGAGCGCAAAAAGAUUUCUGCUCAAAACUUGACCAUGAAGCGGCUUCGGGGUUAUGAAAUAAAGGUACAUCCUAAUAAGUUCAGAAAAUGGCUAAUAUUUCAAUAAUUUAUUUUGAUAUGUAACUAAUUCCUGGCUUACAUUUUUCUUGUUUUGUACGAGAUAUGCCCUUAAGCGUGUUUCAUAAUCUUG